CGUUCAUUGCAAAAUCAGUUUGUCAUGAGUUCUACAGACGUCAAACCGGUUUAAAUAUUGUUGAUGAUUGAACAAUUGAAAUUUGUGCUCAUGUAAAAAAAGAGAUGAAUUGGUAUUAUAUAUCGUUGUUACUGUGUUUUUUCGGUUUUCUCAAAGAAAUUCGACCAUCAGAACCGUAUGUCAGUGAUUAUAUGCAUGAGCCGUACAGAAAUGUGACCAAAGAAGAACUAAAUCGAUAUGUUUACCCAAUUGCGACGUAUUCUAGUGUUGGACUGUCGAUUGUGGUGCUUUUGAUUACAGAUUUGUUGAGAUACAAGCCAAUUGUAAUAUUGACUGGUUUGGCUGGGAUCAUAACAUGGUCACUGUUAUUAUGGACACGAUCAUUUUACGGUGCUCAGUUGGUUGAAGUGUUUUAUUCACUUUAUAUUGCAUGUGAAGUGUCUUAUUUCGCAUACAUUUAUGCCAAAGUAUCGAAGGAACAUUUUUUAGCGGUAUCAUCCCAUACACGGGCCGCAUUAUUGAUGGGACGAUUUAUUUCCGGUGUUUUAUCGCAAUUACUUCUUUAUUUGAAACUCAUGGACAUACACUCAUUGAAUUUUAUAACACUGACUACACAAAUUGCCGCCACAAUAAUGGCCAUAUUUUUGCCAAAUGUUGAGAAGAGUAUCUAUUUUAAUACAUCGACCGAUGAUAUCAUUCAGCAAAGUCACAGUAAUUUACAAUGCGAAACGAGUGAUAAACAAUCAAUUGACCGUGUUAAAUGGCGACAAGCGUUCGUUUUAAUGUCCAAACAGUUAAAAUACUCGUAUUCAAAUCGACAUGUUGUGCUAUGGAGCAUUUGGUAUGCAUGCGGAAUGUGUGUAUUUUUACAGUUUUUAUCAUAUGUGCAGUUGGUUUGGAUUGCAAUUGAUAAUCGGCCAGAGGUUAUGUGGAAUGGUGCCAUUGAAGCAAUCUCAACUCUAAUAAGUGCCACAAUUGCCUUGCUCGUCGGUCGACUGCGUACAAAUUAUAUAAACACAAAAUCAAAAGUAAAUUCGGUACUAUUUGUAAUGUCGUUGUGUGCAAGUUGUGCGAUAUUUUUGACGGCAAACGCACCAAAUCGCUUCUUAUCUUAUGGUGGCUAUAUACUAUUCUAUAUGUUUUACAAUUUUACCAUUACACUAUCAAGUGCUGAGAUCGCCAAAGAGCUUCCCAAAGACAGUUACGGUUUGAUAUUUGGAGUGAAUACAUUUUUCGCAUACUGUUUGCAGAGCAUUUUAACUGUGAUUGUCGUAACCGAUUCAUUUGAAAUGAAAUUGAACAUCAUUCAACAAAUGAACGUGUAUGGUGGAUUUUUGGCUGUUGUUGGUUUAUUAUAUGCUUUGCAAAUGGUGAUAUCUGGCAUAAAAUCGAUGAUAGAUACAGAAAGUAAACCAGAAUGAACCGCAGUUCAGCAAUUACAUUAUUUAAAUGUAUAUAUGAUCUAAUUGUUGUUGUUUUUUUUGUACUUAAAUAUUAAAAGCAGCAGAAAUGCUUAAAUAAAUAGAAAUUCACUGAAUAA